AUGUCAAUUUCAAGAAACACUUCGUCAGAAUAUGUAAAACUCAUUAGUUCAGAUGGUUUCGAGUUUAUCAUCCAAAGAAAUGCUGCACUCAUCUCCGGAACUAUAAAAAAUAUGUUAUCGAGUCCUGGACAAUUCAUGGAAUCAGAACAAAACACAGUUCAUUUUCAGGACAUUAAAGCCGUGAUAUUGGAGAAAGUUUGUCAAUACUUGUACUACAAAGUCCGUUACAACAAUUCCACAACUGAAAUACCACAAUUCAAUAUUGAUCCUACUAUUGCUUUGGAGCUGCUUAUGGCUGCCGAUUUUCUCGAUUGUUAA